GAGAGAUGAUGCCCACAAUGGCGACCGAAGGUACGUUCGAAAACCUUUGGUUCCUUAUCCGGGGACUACCUCUCACUCUGCUAUUGGGCCGUGGGGUCACGUGGUAAAAGUAACUUUACAGGGCUGCUCGCAAGUAGGAGGGCUUUAUGGAGCAGAAAAACGACAAAGCUAGAAAAAUUAUUUUCCACUCCAGAAAUUAAUGAUCAUGAGCUCGUAUUUGAUGGACUCUACCUACAUUGAUCCGAAAUUUCCUCCAUGCGAGGAAUAUUCACAAAACAGCUACAUUCCCGACCACAGCCCCGAAUAUUACAGCCGCGCAAGGGACCCUGGCUCUGGUUACCAGCAUCACCAUCAGGAGUUAUACCCUCCGCGGGCGAGCUACCAAGAGCGCCAAUAUAACUGUGCAAGCAUCCCUGAACCUGACACGCAAAGGGGACAUGGACUACCCCAUACUGCGCACCUGCUUGCAGGGAAAGGGCAGCCAGCCUCAUGUGAGACCCCACAGCUACCCAUGUCCCCCACCACCCCACCGGCUGCAUCCUCCGCCUGCAACCAAGCUACACCGGAGCAUCCAAACAGCUCAGCCUCCUCCAAGCAGCCCGUGGUAUACCCAUGGAUGAAGAAAAUUCACAUCAGCACUGCGAACCCGAAUUACAAUGGAGCGGAUUCCAAGCGGUCUAGGACAGCCUACACUCGACAGCAGGUCUUAGAAUUGGAGAAGGAGUUCCACUAUAACCGCUAUUUAACUCGGCGGAGGCGCAUUGAGAUAGCUCAUACAUUGGUUCUCUCCGAACGACAAAUCAAAAUUUGGUUUCAGAACCGCAGGAUGAAGUGGAAAAAAGACCAUAGGCUUCCUAACACCAAAGUGAGAUCCUCCACCACGGGCGUAUCCUCCGGGUCCAACACAACCUCAUCAACCGGCGCUGUCGCCACUUCCUCGGUCACUGGUGCCAUUAUUCCAAAUGAACUUUCCGGAGGAGAGGAUGGCGAGGAUAUUACAACGUUAUAAGGCGAACAAAACAAACACAAAAAAACACUUCAAGAAGGGAGAUAGAGAAAUGACUGAUUAUUUAUAGAAUAAAAGAAUCAGUCAUAUAGAAUAUAUUUUGUUUUCGUAGCUAUUUGUGUGGUUUCAUUUAAGUCCAAAGUUAUAUGAAAUGCAUGUUGUAUAGCAUGGAUUUCUGUGAAUACCGAUGGAUUCUUUUUACUCGACACAGGGUUUAAGUUAUUUAAUGCUGAAUCAAAAUGAUGUUUUUAUGAGAAAAUGUUUUGAAUGAAGGGGAAAAAAUGUAGGCCUACAUUUGAUGUAAAUGUUAUUGUGGGCCAUUCGUUUGCCCUGCUGCCCAAGGUGAAAUGCACAAUUUAUUUAUUUCAAGCGCAACACUGGAAGAAUAUUAUUACUAUCAUAGUUAUUUUUGGUAAAAAUGCUGGGAACAUCGAUCUUGCAAGGUGAAUUACCUCGCGUAUUUCAAAAACUGGAUUUUGAAUUCCAAUUUAGUUUGUGGUGUUGACGUUGUGUUUAGCAGGUUAUUGUAACAUGCAAUAAACAGAGUUUAGUGUAUUUGUGAUAAUCAUAUUGGUCAAUAAAACAGUGAGUGUCUACUA